AGACACGUGAAGGUCGGUGAGUUGGUGCGGAGUUGGUCUCGGCACGCGUGGUCGCGCUGGGAUGGAUUCCUCCUCGUCUUCCUCUGCGGCGGGUCUGGGUACUGUGGACCCACAGUUGCAGCAUUUCAUCGAGGUGGAGACGCAGAAGCAGCGCUUUCAGCAGCUGGUGCACCAAAUGACUGAACUUUGUUGGGAGAAGUGCAUGGACAAGCCUGGGCCAAAGUUGGACAGUCGGGCUGAGGCCUGUUUUGUGAACUGCGUUGAGCGCUUCAUUGAUACAAGCCAAUUCAUCUUGAAUCGACUGGAACAGACCCAGAAAUCCAAGCCAGUCUUCUCAGAAAGCCUUUCUGACUGAUCUCAGCAUUACCUCUUUGGAAAAGGAAGGUAGAUCAACAAAUGAAGAGCUGUUGAUGGGAUGAUUGAAGAAAAGGCUACCAGGGGAUUGGCUGCCACCUUUUUUCACUUUGGGGACAUCCUGUCAUCUGAGAAUGAACAAAGACCAUUUUGUGUGUGUGUGGUUUGAGGGUCAUAUGUGUAUUUGGUUGUGUUUUUUAAUGCUGGUAUUGUGAAAAUAAUUGACAGAUGAAUGGAAAACUCUACCAGAUGCAUAUUACUGUAUGUGGGACUAUGAUUUUCUCAAAGUCCCAUUAACUGCUUCCUAUAAUUUGAGAGUGGAACUGCUUUCUGUAAUUUGAUAGUGGGACCACAUAGGUAAAAAUCUGUCAUUUGUGUGGAUUCCUUUUCGUAUCUCUGGGAAGAUCGAUACUCAUAUUUGUGUCAGAAAGGACAGCCGUGGGAGGGGGAAGAGUAAUUUGGUACUGUAACUGCAUGCCUCCUUAUCUAGUGUUCAAUUAUCAGUGCUGGGAAAAAAAUCUAUGGAGCAUUCAGACUGUACACUUCACUUUCUAGAUUAUCUCCCUCCCCUAUACUAUGAUUUACUUACAGACCUACAUAAAGUAUGGUCUCUGGAGGCAGUACAGGCAGCCUGAGAGCCUGGAGGCCUUUAGUUGUAAAGGAAUCAAGCCAGUAAACAUAAUUCACAUUACUAGAUUGCCACAAGGAAGAAGUUAAUCUCCCCUGUAUUUCAGGGUACAGAAAAUUCAAAGAUGUGCCUAAAUUAGUCAUAAAGAUUUCGGCCAGUCAAAACCUAACAGCAGUUUCAGGUAGAGGUGCAUGCCUAACGUUAAUCAGUAUAGAUUCCAUUUACUGCAUUCUUUUGAUCACUGAAAUAAAAGCUUCUCCAAGAUUCAGCUCUGUGAUGGAGAAGGAUUCCUAUUUUGGUUAUCACCUGCAACCCGGAGAGAUUUAGUGUGGGCUGGUUAUAAGGCUGAAAUUUAGUCAGUCUGGGGGCCUGGUCUGUGUAAGGCAUAGCACAGUAUUUCAUGGAUCCCUGACCAUUUUAUGAGAAAAAAAAACAAAACAAAACCUUGAGAUGAGAUGGGGAGGGAAGGAAGUCAAUGCUGACAGUUAAGCCCCUGAGUGCAGUAAAGAGAUUAUAUUGACUGGAUUCCCCUCCUCUUACUUCAAAUCCUAGUAGACUGGAGUAUAGACGUAAAGUGAAACCACUUGUUUGGAGCCUCUAGAGCAGAUUCUUGAAAGCUGGGGAAAUAAACAUUUCCAGAAGUCUCAAGUCCUUCUUUAGCUUUUUGCCAUAUAAGCCCAACAAGAAUUUUUUUAAAAUCAUGAUGAUGAAAACACAAUUCAACGAACAUUUGAGUGCUUACUCUGUGCCAGGCACUGUUUUUGGUGCCGGGGAUUCAGCAGUACACAAAGUCUCCGUCCUUAGCCUCUCCUCCCCUUGUGAGCAGAAAUGGCAAUAGACGUAAAUAUGUCAAUACAAUAAAUGCUAUGCAGAAAAAGCAGAGUAAAGAUACUAGGGAAUGUAUGUGUGAGGUGGUUAUUUUAUAUAAGAUGGUUAGAGGCAGCCGCCUUGGGAAGGUGGCAUUUCAACAGAAACCUGAAGGAAUCAACUGACCAAGCCACGUGGGUAUCUAGGAGAAGAACAUCUCAGGCAGAGGUGACAGCACAUCCAAAGGCCCCAAGGUGGGAGCUGUAUGCCCUGUAGAACAGCCAAAAGGUCUUUAUGGCUGGAGUAAAGUAAGGAGAAUGGUAAGAAAUGAGGUCAGAGAAAUGUAGUAAUAAAAACAAUGGCAUUUUGAAGCCCAGAGAAAUCUGGUUUUUGUUUUUUAGCUGGCAUAUACCUUGUAUCUAUAUGCCUUUGUUAAUUUCUUCCCUCCAAAAUUUAAUGUAGUCAUGUAAAAUUUCAAGUCAUGAAGGAAGGCUCUUGAGUCUUUUCCUUCUUACUGAUUUAACUUCAUUUAGUAUUAAAGCAUUCUCGUUACAUUUAGACACAAACUGAAAUGUCUUCUUUUACAGUAUCAUUGCUUGCUGAGCUAAUACACACAAUGAGAAACACUCUAUCACAUUCAGGCAGUAUGUUUGAGCACCAAACAUUUGCCUCUGUCCUCAGAAGGUUAUUAACUACCAGAACAACCACUUGGAUUUUUGUUUUAUCAAUCUCAAAUUAGUUUUCA